GAAUGCAUAUUGGUUCAGCCACUUUGGAAAGCAAUUUGACAUCUCUUAGGAAUUGAAACAAACAUUUGCCAGGAGACUCAGCCUUCUCACUCCUGGGUAUUUGUCUCAGAGAAACGAAAACUUGUGUUCGCACACACACAAAACCUGUACAUGAAUGUGUGUGGCAGCUUUAUCCAUAACUGCCCAAAACUUUUCAGAAAUAACCCAAAUGUCUUUCAGGUGGGAAAUGGAUAAACACACUGAUAAGGGACUACUUCCAGACAAUGGACUACUAUUCAGCAAUAAAAAUUGACAGAUAAGGAGCCUAAGAUUCAGAAGAGAUCACUUGCCCAGCUAAUAACUUGUACAGGUAAGUGUCCCAGUCCCCUCUUAACCAUGCCGCCACAUCACCCCCGCCCCUGACAUACACACACAAAAGGCACCUGGUGUCAGGCGGCAUCCAGCUACCUUAUCAGGACCCACCCCAGCUGACUGGCCACAGCUGGGCCUUUGCCCACGGCAGGCCCUGUGGGACUGGGAAGCUGGGUCACAUGUGGACAAGGUCCCUUUUAUAGCCCCACUACCCCUUCUGGCUCUGUCUUUUGCCACCUGACCUGACCCGCUGGCCACCACCUACACCAGCUGUGCCCACUCAUCAUGGAGAAGGUCCUUGCCCUACUGCUUCUCGCCCUCGCGGUAGCCUAUGCGGUCCCUGACCCCCGAGGACUCAUUAUCAACCUGGACGAGGGCGAGCUCUGCCUGAACAGCGCCCAGUGCAAGAGCAACUGCUGCCACCGUGAUACCGGCCUGAGCCUGGCCCGCUGCGCGCCCAAGGCCAGCGAGAACAGCGAGUGCUCCGCCUUUACGCUCUACGGGGUUUACUACAAGUGUCCCUGUGAGCGGGGUCUGACCUGUGAGGCGGACAAGAGCAUCGUGGGCUCCAUCACCAACACCAACUUUGGCUUGUGCCUGGAUAUUUGACGCUGCAGAGAGUGAGAGCGCUCACCCAGGCUGGCGCGCCACAGGAAGCUCCUCCUCCGCCACCUCUCCCUGGCUGGCCACCCCCUCCACCGGCA